CCGUGCCCUGGUUGGCCGGAGACAGCGCGGAGGGAGUUAAAGAGUCGGCGCCUGGUGCUGGGCUCUGCAGGGCAUGCUGCAACUUCCUCAUCCACCGCGGGUGUAGGCAAGUCCUCCGUGGAGGGUCAGACCCGAACCCCUGUCUGGAGCUGGACACCUCUGGGUUCCUGUCUCCAGCCGUGCCUGCGCGCUCGCCCAGAGGUGAAGAAGGGGAGCAGGGACAGGGGCACCUGGAACCUGAAUGGUCGCUGGAAGUGACGUCUCUGAUCUUUCCCGAGGCAGCCGGCUCAACUUUGAUCUGCCAGAAUUUGCUUCCUGGGCUAUGGGAGAUGUCAGCGAGUUAAAAAUGCAAAUAACACCGGAAACUCCAGGAAGGAUCCCUGUUUUAAAUCCCUUUGAAAGUCCUAGUGAUUAUUCUGACCUCCAUAAACAAACCCUUGCAAGUCCUUCUGUCUUUAAAGCCACAAAACUACCAACUCCAGGGAAAUUUAGGUGGUCUAUUGAUCAGCUGGCAAUAAUGAAUCCUGUAGAAAUAGACCCAGAGGAGAUUCAUCGUCAGGCCUCCUACCUAAGUCAUUCUCGAACAGAUAACGAUGUGGAAGACAAAAGACAAAAAGCCAUCGAAGAGUUUUUCACUAAAGAUGUCAUUGUCCCCUCUCCCUGGACUGAGCAUGACGGGAAACAGCCUGUAGAGCUUCACCCCAGCAAAUGCCUUAAUAGCAACGGUGACUCUCCUGUUGGGCAGAAGCUGACGCUUCCCUCUGAGAAGUGCAAUGCUGCCUGCCAGACUCUGCUGUCUCUUCCUGUGGAUUUUAAUCUGGAAGCCAUGUUGGGAGACUAUUUUAGAGCAGAUGACGCUGCGGACCAAUCUCCUGGGAACCUCAGUUCCUCAUCUCUCAGAAGAAAGCUCUUUUUGGAUGUGAAUGGGAGCAUCUCUGACUCCUUACCUUCAGCUUCUCCCAGAAGUCCUCCUAGCAGUGCUCAAGAAUCUCUUGAGGGACAGUUUUCUUCUAGCCCCAUUGAGAACAGUACAAGAAAGUACAGUUUGGGGAGCAUAACUAGCCCGCCGACUAUUUCUUUACCUACUUUCUCACCAAUUGCACUUGAAGCAGGAAAGACGCCACUCUCAGAACAGAGGAAGUAUAUAUUUCACUCUCCUGAAUCUUCAUCUGGAGCAAGAUCUACCGGGAUCCUCAACCCAAGCAUCAGGAGCCCGUACAUAGACGGCUGCUCACCAAUUAAAAGCUGGUCUCCUCGGAGACUGAGAGGUGGUACUCAGUACUUAUCCUCACUGAUUCGGGUCCCUUUUACUCUUGAGAACAACACUGACAGCGAAGACGAGGCUCCCUCCACAGACGUCUCUCUACCAGGCCCAAAUGCGACAGUAUCCCUUCCGCCCUUGAACUGUGAGCCUUUGGCUUGUGGCGAGCCUUCGGUAGUCACUGCCAUGUCUCUUACACAGAGCCAGUCUAGUUCUGAGAAAGAUCUAGCACCGCUGGAGGGUGUUGAAAGUGAGAGGGAAAAUGACACUGUGGAUAUGUUCGACCCUAUAGACACAGGAGAUGAGAGCACUUGGAUAAAGGAGCCAGUGAAUGAUGGGAAUUCAGCCAUGACUGGUUUUGUGAGUGGAAUUGCCUUCAAUAUUGAAAGCUCUCAUAUGUGCAUGUCGCCUCUCGCGGAAAGCAGUGUUCUGCCAUGUGAAAACAGCACUAUCCAGAUGGACAGUGGCUACACCACGCAGACUUGUGGAAGCAAUGUCACUGAUAUUGCUGGGACAGAAAGCUGCUGCAAAGAAAAUGUCACACAGUCCUUUGAAGUAGAAAUAAAAUCUCAAGUUUGUAAUAUAAAGCAGGAGCACGCAGUGCAGAGGUGCUGGCUGAGAGCUGCAGGCCCAUCACAGUGCGGCAGCCCAUAGUCUCCAGACUACAGACCACACUCAGUAGUAGCCCCCGUGUUUUUACGUACAUGUGAUAUCACGUGGCGGUGACUGGGGUAACUGCUUCACUUCAUGCCCAGCUCCCUCCGUUAUGUGAAAAAACAGUCCACAAAGGAGCUUAGUGGCAGGAACAGAAGCUCCAAGUUUUAAAUUGCAAGCUAUUUUUUUUAACCAAUAAAUAUUUUUGUAUUUGUUUUGAGUGGUUUGUUUAACAAAAAAAGUAUGACAGCUGAUGGCUUUCUCUUGUCCUAAAGGAUCAAGGAGCUACUUGUUAAAACUUGUAAUGAUAAUCCUGAAUUGCCAAUUCUUAGAACAUGAUAAAAAUGUUAAAACUGAAAGCACUAUACAUUUUUACAUGAAAACUGUGAAAGAAAUCUUGAGAUAUAAAACUCACUAAAGACGUAGAAAGGAAAUAAAGUGGACUCUGUAAAGUCCAUUUCUGUGAGGAAAUGGCUUGGUUUCCGGCAUUAGCACUCUAGCUAGCACUACUGCAAACGCUGGAAAGGCGCUGCCAUCCGCAGGGUGAGCGCGGGGAGCCACAGUAGUGUGUAUCAUCAUUCCCUCAGUCUUGGCUAGGGAGAUAAACAGAACUGAACACAGGAGAAUCAGAAUUCCCCUUGGACUUAGGACCAUGAAGAAACAAUUGGGAAAAUUGCUAAAUAAUUUUUUUUUCAAAAAAAAAUCUGUAUUAGAAGAUGGAUAUAAUGUAUGGAAAUAUCAAAGACUGUAUUUUUGUGUUUACUUAUUUUGUAAAAACUGGCAUACUCAAAAUGACUCAUUAGUCCUAGAAAAUAAAGAUGCACUAUUGUUUUGUCAUUUUCA